GCCAGGGCAGAGGAGUGGUGCAGUUAGAGCAGCUAGUCCGUCCCCUCCUGCUCAGCAAACACUGAGCCUAGCGAGGAUGAGCCGGGGCAGAGGAGUGGUGCAGCUAGAGCAGCUGGUCCAGCAGUCGAGGCUCCAGGAAGAGGAGGGACUUGCUGGGUUGCAGCCUAGAGAGUUGGCUCUGGCUGCAUCGGAAAAGCUGCUUCGCAGUUACAUGUAACCUGCCCCCCUCUCCCUGCCCGUUACAUCGCCCCGUAAACAGUGCGAGAGAGGCGCCGAGCGAGGACCCGCCGCGGCCAUGUCUCAGCCACAUAAAGGGAAGAAGUCCUCCUCCUCCAAGCCUGCGGGCAAGGGGAGCAGAGCGCAUGGUGACAAGAAAAGUGGAGCAUCUUCUAAACCUGGAGAUAAAAAAGGAUCAGAAGUCACAGAGAAGCCUGCAAGCACUAGUGCCAGUCAGCCUCCCAAAACACAUACAAGUGGAGCUGCUUCCACCAGUAAGACACAGCCCCCUUCUACAACAAAAGCAUCAGAUAUGAAGCCCACUGAAACAAAGGCUACUUCAAGCCAUAGCCAGACCAGUGGACAGCAGUCUCACAGCAGGAAGAGACACAAAGUUCAGAGCUCACAAACUGCAAAAACAGAACCUGGAAAAGUAGCACAGUCACUAAAGCCAGCUGAUUCUCAAACUAAACAUCAAUCUGAAGAGAAGCAAAAGGAACCUGGCGGGGCAAAAAGCCCAUCCAAACCUUCUGUAGCGAAAAGUUCUAAAAAAGCUAGUCCAGGAAAAGCGGCCACCGGUCAGACUGAAAAGUCAACGCAAGUAUCUUCAAUAGAAGAACCAAAGCCUAAAACUGAAAAUAAAUCACUAGCUAGUGGUGCAGCUGCAGCUACAGUUGGUGCGGUCACUGCUGCUGGUUUGGUUGCGAGAGCUGAUAAGCCAAGUACUGAGGCUAAAGAAAAUAAAUCAGCAGCUCCAUCUUCAGCUGUUGAAGCUGCACCUACUAAGCCACCUGAAAAAUCUGAUCUAGAUAAGGCCUUAGAUGACCUGAUAGAUACGCUGGGAGGACCUGAAGAACAUGUCCCUCCCAGUCCAGUCUACACUGGCCCAGAAAUUACGGAUUCGUAUUCUUUUGCAUAUAUUGAAGAACUGGGUAAACGGGAGGGUUCUAUACCUCCAGGGUACAGAAAAUUAUUGGAGGGUAAAGGAGAUGACCAAGCUGUACACCCAGAAAAAACAGAACCACCUCCCCAGAAACCAAUGACAGAUGAUGAUAUUGCAGAUGCUUUGUCAUCUGAUUUUACCUGCAGUACUUCUACUCCUAGAGAGGAGAAGACAACUCUUAAAGAGAAGCCAACAGCAGAAGGAGAAAUUGUACAAGCACAGUCAACAAGUUCAGUCAGGAGUUCAGCUCCUCCUAAGGAGAAGAAACCAAAACUGGAAGAGGCAGCAAUAAGUGAUGAUGCACUAGAUGCCCUUGCUGAUACUCUUGGUGCACCAGAACCUGAACCCAAAGAAGACGUAUCUUCCCUUGUAGAAGUCUCAGAGGCAAAAGCUAAAGAGAAAAAAAUAAACAAGGCUGGUGAACGUGAUGAUACAAUCCCUCCAGAAUACAGAUUGAAACCGGCAAUGGAUAAAGAUGGAAAACCAUUAUUGCCAAAACCUGAAGAAAAGCCUAAGCCUGUAAGUGAAUCUGAUCUUAUUGAUGAAUUUUCAAAAGACUUUGUCUGUCCUGCGCCACCUGCAGCCGAGUCUAAACAAUCUAAACCCACCGACACAUCUAAAAAACCUGCAGUUACUGCACCUGCAAAGGCUUCUGUGGAGGAAGUUGUCUCCUCUGCUGCAGUUUCUACUGUGCAGUCAUCAGCUCCAUCAACUACUACUUCAGCUGGACAUGUGUCAGAUGAGGCAGUGGAAGCCUUGUGUGGUAGUCUAGGAAAGAGAGAGCCUGACCCAGAAGAAAACAAAUCUGCUGUGGAUAAAGUGAAGGAGAAAGCCAAACAAGAAGAACGAGAGAAACUGGGUGAAGAUGAAGAAACUAUCCCUCCUGAAUACAGAUUAAUAGAAGCUAAGAAUAAAGAUGGAAAACCACUCUUGCCAAAAUCUAAAGAAGAAACCCAGUCCAUGAGUGAAAGUGAUCUCUUGGAUGCUUUGUCAAAGGAAUUUUCCAGUUCCCCAGCAACCUUACCUUCUGCACCACUAGCUACACCUAACAAAUCCACAGCUGUUAAAUCUUCCCCAGCUGCCUCUGAAGAAAUUGUCUCCUCCACCACAGCUUCUGCAGUGCAGUCAGGAGCUCCUCCAGCUGCUACCCCAGGUGGGAAAGAGCAAGACAAUGCCCUAGACCUCCUGGCUGGUUCACUGGGACAAAGAGAACCUGAUCCUGAUGAAAACAAACCAGUUGUGGAUAAAGUAAAGGAAGGUGCUAAAUCUGAACACAAAGACAAACUUGGGGACAGAGAUGAUACAAUCCCUCCUGAUUACAGGCAUAUUCUGGAUUCAGAUGAGCAGGGUAAACCAGUAAAGCCAAUAGCAAAGGAGGAUGUGAAACCCAAAGAACCAAAGAAGCCUACAGAUGAUUCUGCAGCUAUAGAUGCUCUAUCAGGGGACUUUGAUAAUUGUGUAAAAACUCCUCCCACACCACAACACUCAAAGGUGUCAGGAUUAGAGGACAAAAGUGGAAAGGAAGCUGCCACCAUGAAACCAGCCACAAAGGAUGAUGGAAAACCUGAAGAUCCUAAAACGGCAAAGGAGCAGUCCUCCAGUUCAAAACCCAAGAACCAAAAAACAAGUUAAAGUUUAAUAUUACUGUAUUGGGUCCAGUGUCUCCUGCUCCAUUGGGUCACUCCCUCUCAUCCUUCCACACGUGCUUUUGACUCCUCCUCUGAUGCAUCCUUUGGAAUGGCAGUCCUUCAUUCGGCUCUGUCAUCUGCAUCUUUGCACUCUUCUCCUACUUGAGUACAGCUUGUCAAUCACCCACAGCGGAAUACACUGAGGGACUGGCACUUGCAGAAGAAGAGAGGGACACUUACCUUAUAGUAACUGGAGGUGUAUUGCCCAUCUGUAUUCCACUACCUGCCCUUCUUGCCAUCUGCUUCAGAUCACCUAUUUGUUCACAGUGGAAAAGGAACUGGAGAGGCAAUCUGUCUGCUCCCCUUUAUCUCCAUGGGCAAAGGCAUAAGGUGAGCAAGGGUGUGUGUGCGGGCCAACAGAGAAUGCUUUCAAAAUUCUCUGGCUGUGGAGUGCGUACUUACCUACAAUGGAAUACAGAUAGUGAUCACAUCUUGAAGAACUUCCGGUUACUAUAAGAUAAGUAACGUCCUCUUAUCUCUUUAUUCCUAGAUAUACCGUCUUGUACAAUGAUACUUUAUCUUGUUAUUUAUACCCUUAAAAUAUGCACAGGCAAUUAUAUUAACUCUUAGGCCUAACAUAUAACUAAUUAAUGACUAUCAAAUUCACGAUCCAUUUUGGUCAGUUUCAUGGCCAGAGGGUUUUUUAAUUAGUUGAUUUCAUGUUUUCAGAUGUUUACAUCUGAAAUUUCAUGGUGGUGUAACCAUGGGAACCUGACCCAAAAGGAGGUCAUGGGUGAGGAGUUGCAAAGCUGUUGCAGGGGGUUAUGGGAUUACCACCCUCACUGAUAGCUUCCUGCAACUGGUGGAGGUACCUGGAGAUGGGUCUGAUCUCCCACUGAGAGCGGCCAUGCAGGGGAAGAGGAAGUCCUAUCCCUCCCCAGACCAUCCAGAAUUAGCAGCUGGAGCCUGGUAGAAGUCCCCCGGCUGGAGUGCCCUCAGCGCUGCCCCUGCCAUUCCCUUCCAAUAGCUAGAUAUCAUAAGGGAGAUCUGCUUUCAUGGUCCUUGGCAUCUUUUUCAAGGCUGUGAAUUUGCUAGGCACUAGUUAUAGGGUGUAUAUUUAGACCUUUUAAUCUUUCCUCAUAAUACUGUCCUCAGAGCCUUUAAUCAUGUUUGUUGCUCUCUGAGUCCCCUCUAAUGUGUUGAUCUAUGUGUCAUUCGUGUCCCCAGAAGUAAACACAAUUUUCUAUAUAUAGACACAGGGUGAAAUCCAAUGUGAGAGAGAUUAUUAUCUUCAAUGGAGCCAGGUUUUCACUGAUAGACAAGAUUUAUAACUUCUCUGUAUGUGCGGCCCAGUGGCACCUUUGUUUCUUUUUGCAUUAGUACACUACAAAUGAUAAUGCCUAAAUCACUUUUGAUAUUACUUCUUCCUGGGAUUCUCUCUCUGUGUUAUGUAUUAUUCUCCUCAGGUAAAGUAGCUUAUGUUUUUCAAGUUGAAUUUCCUUUUACAUGACAGACGUUUCACUGAAUUUUUUCUUUGGAACCUUUUUU